AUGGGGAUCCUGACGUUCGUGUAUGCCGUGCUGGCCACGGCGUGGAUCUACAUCUCGCGCAUCCGCUCAGCAGACGCCGAGCAGCGCAAGCUCAUGGACACGGCCUACGCCAACUACGUGCGCUGGAAGCUGAUGAUCAACGAGUACGAGGACGUGCUCAAGGCCGGCGGCGACAUCGGCGGAGACUUCAAGAUCCUUCUCCAGCACCGCUUCGAAACGGGCGGCGAGGCGAUGAAGCGCCUCGAUCUGGCCCUCGACUACGAUCCCACCAGCGGCGUCGCCACGCGCACGAGGCAGAAAGGCAAGUUCGUGCUGGCCCAGCGGGAAUUGCACGAGUUGCUCGUGGCCGCCAGCCAUGCCACCGACGAUGUCAGUGUGUUGUUGGACGGCAUUACCCAGGAGCAGAUGCAUCGCGAAUUGAAACUCCAGCACGCACUUCUGCAGCAGGUCGCGCGGCGGGUCGGCGUGACGGACGAAGCCACUGCGGGUGUGAGGCGACUUGUCGACGAAGCUCCCGAGGGAGCGCCUGUGGCGGCACUGAUACGUACGCCGCCGCUUGCCGAGAAGAGUACAGACGCGGAGCUUGUCAACGACGAUGCAGAGGCAGAGCGACAGUCGAGCCUGACGGGCGUGGUGGAGAAACAUGAGGCCCUGCAGAAUGACAGGCACAGCAACGUGAACAUCGUGGUAGACGGUCGGACAUUUGAGGUGUCCCGCACCCUUGCAGAUGCCCUCCACAAGCUACGUCAGAACAAUAUCUCUACGGUCUGGGUUGAUGCGAUCUGCAUCAAUCAGAAAGACAACAUCGAGAAAAGCAGGGAAGUUACACGGAUGUUUGCGAUAUACCGUACGGCACAGAUGGUCAUCAUAUGGCUCGGCUUGCAAACUAGUGCAGAGGACGAUAUGCAUGAGCUUGUGGCGGCCGCCGAGGAUAUCGAAAGACCGGCAAGCAGACUCAGUCACAGCAAUGCUCCUGAUUUCAAGCUGUCUGCUCUUGAACAACUCUUGUCCCAACCUUACUGGGCCCGAGUCUGGAUUAUCCAAGAGGUCGCAGCGGCCAAACAAGCACGGAUAUUUUGGGGUUCCUAUAUCUUCGACCUGCGGUCUUUGGAGACGCUGCUGCGCGACAGACUCGCUCCACCGGGCAACGACGGCAACUCACACGACCUCGCCCAGAGAGUUCUAUCGGUCCGUGCUGCUUGUCGAGCACAGCAGAAGCCUCGACUCAUGGACAUACUGGCGAUGACCACUUCCUCUAAUACCAGCGUCCUGAGGGAUAAGGUAUAUGGCCUUCUCGGUCUGGCUUCGGACUGGACCGACUUUGUGCAAGAACCAAACUACUCGACGACCGUGUCCGAGAAGACCCUUUGCCGCGAAAUGACCUCCAAUCACAUCGCCUGGUACAGCUCCGCAGAUAUCAUCUUUCUCCGAAGUACCAAUCCUCACCAGGCCGAGCUGCCAUCCUGGUGCCCUGACUAUUUCCACUUUCAGCCGCACGAAUUUGACAAAAACCUGAUCCCAUACGUGGGCGGCAAAAAUGUCAACCUGGGCUGGGAGAGGAGACGGGCCUUUGGUCAAGGAUCUCCGACUAUGAACGAAGUGGUCCCCGACACGUUCAUCACCAGCGGCGACAGACUGAUUUUAAAAGGCCGACAAAUUGGGAGGAUUACAGCUCUUGGCGCUCUGUUGGACGAACGGUCUGCUCCGAGCAGCCCCAACGAGCAGUUUUCCGCCGACGACAUCACAGAUCGAGACAUUGGAAAGGCCUUUCGCAGACUGCUGCUCAUCUGCCACAACCAGACAUUUGGCAUCCAGCCGUCUGCGGCGUUCUUCUCGCUUCUGUACGCUCUUCCCGACCACGUCUUCCAAGACAGGGGUCACAUGAGGGUUAAGCAUUGGCUCGACUCUCACAGGGCGUUCUUCGAGGCAUUUGGCGUGAAACUGUCACCAGAUUCCGACGACUUCUCCUUCAUCGCACGUCGAGGGGGUAGAUUAAGCCCCUCGUCGAGAGUUUUGCCCGAGUGGAGAGAGUUCUUCAGCUUGAACGAAGACAACUCCGUCAGCCGCCGGGGGGAACACCCUCUCUAUCCUAUGCUGGUGUCGAUUUCCUCCAUCCUGGAAGAACGCAUGCGGUUGAUGUACAUCCACGACCAAGUUCUUCUGGGUUGGGCACACCGGGAUGCAAAACCCGAUGACAUCGUCUGGCAUCUUGAAGGCUGUACAUUACAAGCCAUCCUCCGCAGGUCGGAGGAGCUAUCCGAAAAACACGGCGAGAGUAUUUACAAGCUGGUAGGCCAUGCAUACGUCGAUCCUGUCAUGGCGAGCGGACGUUGGAUGGCAAAGGAGACGAGAAGUCGGCUUGUGAAUAUAUGCUGA